UUUACUGGGCAUCAUUCGGCAUGGCUCGACUCGUGCUGUGUGUGUUGGCCUUGUUGGCUAGUGGGCUCUGCGCCCCAGAGCCUGCGCCUAGCGUGGAACAGCUACAACAAACCGUCCCUGUGAGCCAUGAGGACUUGGAACAGCAGCAGAAGCUGAUGCUCUUGUUCUUCCACACGCACGAGCCGUUGCACCUGGCUGAGCACAUCGAAAUUGCUACAUCAUGGGACUUGAUGAAAAACCUCGACAAGUACCACAAUGCUACAGCCGUCAACCUGGUCGCAAAGAUGAUUGCACACGAUUGGCUGCUCCCUCAGGGCUUACCUUUACAUCUGCACGAAUACGAGCACACUUUCCAAGUGCAGACCUUUUUCAAUCUUCUGUACUCUGCAAAGACUUUCGACACUUUCUACAAGACUGCCGUAUAUCUAAGGCAUCACAUUAACGAAUACAUCUUCGUGUACAUUACGACCGUCGCCAUCUACCACCGCGCUGACACCCAAGGAAUCAUCGUUCCUCCGCUAUACGAAAUUUUCCCCUCAUUCUUCAACAACGGAGAGAUCAUGGCCACUGCCCAAAGGAUUACCACUCAUGGCCACCGAUGGGUUGAGCACUAUCCUAAUACCUAUGUUUGGGACAACAACGUGGUUGUUAUGUGGAACACUACAGUCUGGCCUUACUACAGUGAAGAAAUGCCUGUAUCUUACUUCACUCACGAUUAUGGUCUCAACAACUAUUACUACAACAUUCAUAUGCUCUACCCGUUCUGGCUUGGAAAUGAAGUAGUGCCUUUAGUCAAAGAUCACCGCGGUGAAUGGUUCUGGUUUGUUCACAAGCAGAUCCUCGCUCGUUACUACAUGGAGAGAUUGUCCAACGGUCUUGGUGAGAUUCCCGAGCUUGGUCUUGACAUCGUUGAACAAGGUUACACAUCUGGCCUGGUCUACCACAACGGUAUUCCUUACCCUGUUAGGCCCAACUACUUAUACCUGCAACAGCCUGGGUUUGUGCACAAAAUCAACCAGAUCGUUGACUUUGAACGCCGCAUUCACGAAGUUAUUGACUCAGGAUACUAUAUCGCUCCUUCUGGCGAGCAUGUUAACAUCAACCACCCUGAGGCUAUUGAUGUGAUUGGACGUUUGAUUGAAGCCAACGUGGACUCGCCUAACAACAUGUACUACAAAGACUUCAUCAGUGUCUGGAAGAACCUCCUCGGAAACUCUAAUGUGUACGAGCCCACAUACUGGAAGGGCAUCCCAUGGGUCUUGCCAUCAGUCUUGGAACAGUACCAGACCGCUCUUCGUGAUCCGGCGUUCUACAUGAUCUGGAAGCGAGUACUGCAUCUGUUCACUUUAUGGCAGGAGAAGCUUCCUCACUACACCCACGAACAGCUUUCUCUGCCUGAUGUCGAAAUUCAGAGUGUUGCGGUUGACAAACUGGUGACAUACUUCGAGAAUUCCUACAUGAAUGUUACCAACCACCUGCACUUGAACGAAGUCGAAAGCGAGCUCGUAUUCGACAACAAGAGUGUAGUGGUGCAGCACCCACGUCUGAACCACAAGAUCUUCAGCUUCCGCGCAAAUGUCCACGCCAAUGUUGCCAAGAACGUUGUUGUCCGUCUGUUCUUGGGUCCUAAAUACGACAGUCUCGGCAGGGAGAUCCCCCUCCACUUGAACACUGAGAACUUCUUCCAAAUCGACCAGUUCCCUUACUCCUUGACCCAAGGAGACAAUGUCAUCGUCCAUGCGUCCAACGAGAACCAGUUCUUCAUGAAGGACAUGCCAUCUUCGUAUGACGUUUACGAGAAGGUCCAGAGCGCGUUGCAAGGCCACGAGCAGUUCUUGUACGACACAUCUUUGAAGAUUGACCACUUCCCGCAGCGACUUAUGCUGCCUAAAGGUCGCGUCGGUGGCAUGCCUUUCGUGCUGAUGGUCUACAUCUCUGAGUACCACGCUCCCAACGUCCUCCACGGUACUGGCUUCGACCCCAAGCUGUCUUUGGGUCUUGGAUCUGGCGCUCGCUUCUACACUGGAGAUCCUCUGGGCUACCCGCUCGACAGGCCACUGUACGAAUGGCAGGUACUAGACCUCAAGAACAUCUGGUUCCAGGAUGUCCUGAUCCACCACAAACAUACCCCCGAAAUCUACGUCAGCCAUAACGAAUGAUGACCUCACCCGCCGUUUUGAUCGAUGCCGGCAAUGUGUUUUAUAGCCACCA